AGAAGCGAAGCAAGAUGGAGGAAGGUGGUGUUACCGUUUGCGUGAGAGUGCGGCCACUAAUUGCAAGAGAAAAUGAAGACCUUGAUGAAAAAGGACAGGUUUCAUGGAAAAGUGAAGACUGUACUGUAUCACAAAUAGAUGGAACCAGGUCAUUUGUCUUUGAUCGUGUGUUCCACUCUGACAGUAGUACAAAGGAAGUCUACCAAGGUGUGACAGCUCCUAUUAUCAAGUCAGCAGUUCAAGGAUAUAAUGGGACUAUUUUUGCUUACGGUCAGACAGCUUCAGGCAAAACGUACACAAUAUUGGGUACCAAAGAUAGUCCAGGUAUCUUACCCAUGGCAAUUAAUAAUGUCUUCAAUACUAUCUGCAGAAUUCCAGAUAGGGAAUUCCUACUCCGUAUAUCAUACAUGGAAAUUCAUAACGAAACUAUACAAGACUUGCUAUGCAGUAACAUUAGAAAAAAGAAGUCAUUAGUGGUUCGUGAAGACAUCAAUAGGACUAUCUAUGUUGAAGAUCUGAAUGAAGAAGUAGUGGUUUCUCCAGAGGAGGUCAUGACCUGGCUAAAGAAAGGAGAAAAAAACAGACACUAUGGUGAGACAAAAAUGAAUGAAAGAAGCAGCCGUUCUCAUACAAUUUUUAGAAUGAUCAUUGAAAGUAAAGAAAAGCAUACUUCUGGCUCAAGUUAUGAAGGAGCUGUAAUAGUUUCUCAUUUGAAUUUUGUAGAUCUGGCAGGAAGUGAAAGAGCUAGCCAAACAGGGACUGAAGGAAUUCGACUUAAAGAAGGGUGUAAUAUUAACCGGAGCCUCUUCAUCUUGGGCCAGGUUAUCAAGAAACUUUGUGAUGAUCAGUCUGGAGGCUUUAUAAACUACAGGGACAGUAAGCUAACUAGAAUUCUUCAGAACUCUUUGGGUGGAAAUGCUAAGACUGUUAUCAUAUGUACAAUUACACCAGCAUCGUUGGAAGAAACUCUUAGCACGCUGCAGUUUGCUAGUACAGCUAAAAAGAUGAAGAAUACCCCGAAAGUCAAUGAAGUUCUUGAUGAUGAUGCUCUUCUAAAGAGAUAUCGUAAGGAAAUAGAAGAUUUGAAACGCCAACUGGAAGAAGUUUCAUCACAUUCUCAUACCAAAGAUCAGUUAGCACAACUCUUGGAAGAGAAGAAUUCUGUUCAGAAAGAGCAGCAAGACAGGAUAAGGGCACUGACAGAGAUGCUGGUGACUGCGUCCUCUUUUUUGCAAGAACGGGAGCUAAAGGCUAAAAAGAAGAGGCGUGUGACCUGGGCCCCUGGGCCUCAAAGCCAAGAUGGGGGAAUGCCUUUCCUGGAAGAGUUUCCUAAUAGAGCUAAACGCUUUAAAACUUCUCUAUCUAGUGUCACAGAGAUGGAAGAAUCUGUCUCCUCGGAAUUCUCAGAAUAUGAUGAUCAGUGCAUGACAGCCAGUAUUAUAAUGCCUGAGGAAGAAUGGAUCCCAAGACCUGAAAUAAAUUUUACUUCUAAAGACUUUGCCGAGCCUGCUGAUCUUUGCCAAAGCCUCUUAGAAGAAAGGGAUAAUGCUGUCACUGAACAGCAAGCCAUAAAAGCAAAACUUGAUAGUGUGUGCUUGGAGAAAGAACAGCUGGCCUAUGAACUCAAAGAGCUGCGUGAGAAAAUAUCAACCAGUGAGUUUGUGGCCCUUGAGAAACAGGCUUCUAAAGAGCAGGAGAUGCAACUAAUGCAUGAAAUUACCAUCUUAAAGGAUAUAAUUUCAAAUGCAGAAAUAUACAAUCAAGACCUUCAGCAAGAAAUAAACUCAAAAGAUAUGCAGUACAAGGAACAACAGGAAAGAAUCACAGUAUUGGAAGAGCACAAUAAGAAACUUGAAAGCUUUGUAGAAUUUAAAAAAGACAAAAAUGACACAACCAUUUUAGUACAAACUCCAAGGAAAAGCCUGGAUGAAGUGCAAGAGUUAAAGCAGUCUCUUAGAGAUGCUGAAGCAGUUGCCCUGGAUGCAAAGAAAGAAUCUGCAUUCCUCCGAAGUGAAAAUCUAACACUGAAAGAAAAAAUGAACCAGCUCUCAGAUACUUACAAUCAAAUGGAAAAAGACCUUGGAAGCCUCAAGACCCAGUUAGAAGCUGGAAAAGUCACCUAUAAAAAAAUGCAGUCUGAUCUCCAAAAAGAACUGCAAUACUACUUUCAAGAAAAUGCAAAGCUGACAUCACUGGUGGAAGUUAACAAUUCAAAAGACUUGCUACCAUGUGUGGAUUUGGAAGGGAAAAUGGAUUUAAAAAAUGACCUACAUAAAGCUUUGGAAGAGAAUGUGAGUUUAAAGGAAAAGAUUACUGCUUUAUCAGAAGCAAACUCUGGAUCAGAUCUGGAAAUCUUACAUAAAGAGAUUGUUGAAAAAAAUGAGACAAUUGCUUUGCUGAUGUCAGAAAAAGAAAUGUUGCUUUCUCAAGUUGCUGAAAAAGAGAGAAUGGUUCAUGAAGCUACUCAAGCACUGGCAUCCAAAAUGGAUUUAGCAAAGGAUGAAGUGAUAAGAGAAAACACCAUAGCUUUUGAAGAACUCAGACAACCGUGUGAUAAAUUGGAGCAGAUAUCCUUGGUUGUGGCUGAAGAAAACAAAUCCAUGAAAACACAAAUAGAUUCCUGUUCCAAUGAAAGUCUCAAUACAUCCAUCAGUUAUAUCAUCCAAGAGCAAUCUAGCAAAAAUGGAGAAUUGCAAGAGAAGGACUUAGAGCAAGAGGUGCUACCUACUUUUAAAGAACAACUGGAUGAAGCUCAUCAGAAGCUGAAUGAAAUGGAAGAGCUCAAAGAUCAGCUGAAGGUUUGGGAGUCUAAAAUGAAAACUGAGGAGGCACAAAAGUUAGACAUGAUGCAAAGACUUCAGGAGGGUAAAGAAAAAAUAAGAGUGUUGACCGAAGAAAGAAAUGACCUCAAACAAAAACAGGAAGCCCUUGAGAAGGAGAGAGAUCAGCUCAAAGAAGAUAUACAAGAUACUAUCUGUAUGAAUAUUGAAGCUCAGGAAGGGUUCAUGAAUGCUCAGAAUUCUUUGAAGCAGUGUCAAAAGCACAUCAAAGAACUUGAAGAAACCAUUGCAGAGAAAGACAAACAAAUUUCAAGAGCUAAGGAAACUUUUGAAAUCACGACUGAUGAUCAAAAACAACAGAUAUUGCAGAUACUGCAGAUACUAAAAUUAGCAGACAACUUGGAAGACGUCUCGGUAAAAAAACUUCAAAAUGAAGAAGAUAUAAAUCAGAUUGUGCUAGACGUCAACAAUGAACUUCAGCAUAUCAAGGAGCACAUUACCACUCUCCAGCAAGAGAAGAUGGCAUUGCAGCAUCAACUGGAGAAUUUGGAAAAGGAAAAGAAUCAGUAUCUAGAAAGCAACCAAAUGCUACAAACAAAGUCCUUUGACCUGCAGCAGUCACUCCAGAUGAAUCAGCAGAAUGUGGAAAAUUUUGAUGACACAGAUCAGCUAAAAAUUAGUUUUGAGUCUCAAAUGGAAGCCCUGCAGAAGGAGAAAGCCGAGCUAGUUCAGAAGCUUCACUGCACUGAAAAAGACAUCAAAUACAUUAGCCAAGAAAAAGAGCAUCUGAGAAUGGAGGUAGAGGUUCUUCAAGCUGAGAAAGAUACCAUAACUCAAACUAUCCACCAUCUGGAUAAGACUAUAGAGAAGCUGAUUCCAACGAAUUUGGAACUGCAGGAACAGUUGAAGGAGGCUAAUAAUUCUCUCAGUGAACACAAGGAAAUGGUAGAAGAACUGAAAGGAAAAAUCAUAGCCACAGAUUCUCAGACUUCAAAAAUUCAUGAGGAGUUGAAACAAAAGGCUGAAGAUACUCAAUUAGAACAGGAGAAAUUGUUGGCAUAUGUAAAAUUACAAGAACAUGAAGUUAAUACACAGAAGAAUUUAGUUCUUGAGAAACAACAGAUGUUUCAGAAAAUUGAAGAGGAAUUUAAAGAAGAAAUAAAAAAACUAAAAGGAAAAAUCCAACAUCUGGAAAACAAUUCCUUCAAGCUGCAGCAACUGCUCCGCCUGAAAGAAGAGGAGAAUCAGCAGAAUGUAGGGAACAUGAAGGAUGCAGAACAGCUGAAAGUUAUCCCUGACUCUCAAAUGGAAGCCCUGCAGAGGGAGAAAGCCGAGCUGGUUCAGAAGCUUCAGAGCACUGAAGAAAACGUCAAAUACAUCAGCCAAGAAAAAGAGCAUCUGAGAACAGAGAUGGAAGUUCUUCAAACUGAGAAGGAUAACAUGGUUCAAACUGUCCACCGUCUGAGUGAGACUAUAGAGAGGCUUGUUCCAGUGAAUUUGGAACUGCAGCAAGAAUUGAGGGAGGCUAAUAAUUCUCUCAGAGAACAUAAGGAAAUGGUAGAAGAACUAAAAGAAAAAAUCAUAAGCACAGAUUUUCAGACUUUGAAAAUUCAUGAGGAGCUGAAGAAAAAGAGUGAGGAUAGUCAACUUGAACUAGAGAAAUUAUUGAUAUAUGUAAAAUCACAAGAAGAUGAGGUAAAUACCCAGAAGAAUUUGGUUCUUGAGAAACAACAGAUGUUUCAGAAACUUGAAGAGGAGAUUAAAGAAGAAACAAAGCACUUGAAAGAAAAGAUAAUAAAAUCAAAUGAAGAGGUAAGCAGCCUUACUGAGGAAAAGAAACAAUUGACAGCCGAACUGAGAGAACAGGAGAAAUGUGUCCAACAGCUACUGAAGGAGAAGUCCUUGCUUCAAAAAGAGAAAGAUGACCUUCAGGAGGUUAUGCAGAACUCUGGAGAGAAAACUCAAAGCCAACUUCAGGAGACCUUAUCUGAAAAAACUGCAAAGAUAACAAAAUUAAAUGAAGAAGUAAGCAGCCUUACUGAGGAAAAGAAACAGUUGACAGCCGAACUGAGAGAUCAUGAGAAAUAUGUCCAACAGCUACUGAAAGAGAAGACCUUGCUUCAAAAAGAAAGAGAUGACCUUCAGCAGGUUAUGCAGAACAUUAGAGAAGAAACUCAAAGCCAACUUCAGGAGAGCUUAUCUGAAAGUGUUGCAAAGAUCAUAAAAUCAAAUGAAGAGGUAAGCAGCCUUACUAAGGAAAAGAAACAAUUGACAGAUGAACUGAGAGAGCAGGAAAAAUAUGUCCAACAGCUAUUGAAAGAGAAAACCUUGCUUCAAAAAGAAAGAGAUGGCCUUCAGCAGGUUAUGCAGAACAUUAGAAAAGAAACUAAAAGCCAAUUUCAAGAGACCUUAUCUAAAAAUACUGCAAAGGAUUCUGAAAGGAAUGUCAAAAAGAUGAAAGACUGCUUUGAAAUCUUGGAAGAAAAAAUAUUCAGAAUAACGGAGGUUCUGAAGAAAUUUCCAGAGCUGAAGAAAAGAUCUGAAUAUUUCAUAAACAUCUCUCUUCAGAUCAAGAAUCAGUUUGAUAGCAAGAAAGCCCUAAUAGCCAAGUGGCUUCCUGACAUUUCUCCACAGGAAGCCAAUCACCUCAGAAGGCUUCAAAUAGAAAAUGAGCGCAUAAGUAACAGCCUCUACGGCUUGUUGAACAAACUUCAGUACUUUUUUACCUGCUUGUGUGACAAAAGAAAGGAAUACUACACAAACGUCAGCAAGUACACAAAGGAGCUGCUUGAUGAGCGAAGAAAUCAACAUGUAAUGCAGAUGCAAGUUCAGCAACUCAGAAAGCCUCACUUGGAACAGCAGGGAGAGGGAUCCCAGCAGUCUGGUGUCUCUGGACUGAUCCAGAGCUUGGAUGGCCUCACAGAGCAAAUUUCAAAAGAAGUUGCUGAAAUGGAAGAAGAACUCAGUGGCACAGAAGUUACGUUACAAGAGUUGGAACGUGAGAACAUAGAGAUGGAACAGUAUUUGGAACAAUGCUCAGAUCAUUUUGAUUUGCACGGCUUUGAGGCAACAAUAAAGCAAAAUAUUGAAAAGUUUCGGUCCAUUAAUCAAUUCCUACAGCCCAAAGCUCAGCCCUAUUUUCAAGUUAGAUCGGAGCUGGAAGCCAUAAACGCCAACUACUGCAGAGAGAUUGAUGCUACCCUGGAAGCAUGUAGAAAAGAAACAAAGGAAUUGAUUCUGCAGUUAGAUAUGUUAAAGAAAGAGCAAAAAUCCUGUGGUGUUGCUAAUAAGAAACUAGAAGAAGAAGACCAUAAGCUAGGAUAUAAACUGAAUGCAACAGAACAAGAUUCAAAGAAUCUACAGUUGAAAAUCCAAGAACUAGAGAGCAUAAUAAAUGAAGGAAGAAAAAAUCUCCAGGAAAAGGAGAAAAUAAUAGCCACACUAGAAAUGAAACUUAAAGUGAGAGCUUCCAGGAGCGAAGUCGUCAGGCUUCAAACUGCAUUAGAGGAAAAAGAAAAUUGCUUAAGAAAUGCAUUAAGUGAGAGAGAAACACUCAAGGCCCAGGUGGACAAAGGUGUUGGAUUAUAUAAAGAGGAAAUUGAAGAUCUGAAAACUCAGCUUGCUAAAGCUGAUAUGGCAAGAAUGAAGCAAUCCAAAUUGUUUGAUCGAGAAAUAGCAAAUGCCAAAGCUCUGGCAGAUCAUCGGGAAGAGCAAUUAAGAAAGUUGAAAGAAGAACUUCGUAAAGCGCAACAAGAACAGGAUGUAACAGUAAUGUCUAACAAAGACCUUCCUCAGCCAUCUCUACCAAUUACUUGUGGUGGCGGUAGUGGAAUUGUACAGAAUACCCAUAUGCUAGUGUUAAAAUCUGAACAUGCAAAGCUGGAAAAGGAAUAUGCUCAACUCAAGAAAGAACACGAGCUACUGUUGACAAAUGGACUUUCCUUGAAAGAAGAAAUUAAGAAAUGGAAGGAGCGAGCUAUGAAGAAGAAGGAGCGUGCCUUGGGAGACACAGCUGAGGAGCAUAAAACCAAAUCUCCAAAGAAAGUGUCAACUUCAUCUCUUUCGGCAUUGCCAGCCUCUCCCUGCAGGGAGCGCUUCAUGCAGCCAAUUUUGCCUUCGGACACGCCCCAGUUGAUGCCAUCGAACAGCCAGGGAAAUUUCUUUGAUAACUCAUGCUUAGGUGUUACUGCCAACACAAGACCUGGCAGAACAGAAUCCGAAGAAAACGACUUUAAACACUGGCUUUCAUCAGAUGAUAAAGGAGAUGUUUCUAAUUGUAAGACUCAGUGACAGUCAGAUUCUUUCAUAGAUGCUGGGCAAGACUGGCAGAUGCCACUUCAUUUUUCCUCUUCUGACAAGAUAAAACGGAUGGUCUUUGAACAUACGUUCCAUCAUGAUCAUAUGUGUUUCUUACUUUUAUUUGGUGUAUCCAUUAGAAAACUCAUUUUCUACUGUAUUUUUAAACACAUAAAUAAAAUACCUUUACAUAAAUA